AUGUUGCCCUCCGUCGAAGAGCACUCCCGCCAGUGUAUCAAGGAACUGUUCCACUUCAUCACAAUCCAGGGGGACGGCGACUACAUCGGCGAGCGAGUGUCUCAGCUCGAGCAUUCGCUCCAGACGGCACAGCGCGCCGUCGAUGCCGGGGUGUCCGAUGAAACCGUGCUGGCUGCCCUCCUCCACGAUGUGGGCCGCUUUAUCCCCGCCGCAGCAAAAAUGCCCGCCAUGAUCGCGCCCAACGGCGAGGUCAUCGGCCGCGAGAGCCACGAGAUUCUGGGCGAGAAGUACCUGCGUGGACUGGGAUUCAGCGACACCAUCUGCCAGCUGGUCGGGGCACACGUCAUGGCCAAAAGAUAUCUGACCGCGGUGGACCAGGGAUACUACGACGGCUUGAGCAAAUCGAGUAAAACGUCGUUGAAAUUCCAGGGAGGCAUUUUCACCCAAGAGCAAGUCCGUGAGGCCGAGAAAGAUCCUCUUCUCGCCGCCAAACUCGCCAUUCGCCGGUGGGACGACCUGGCCAAAGUGCCCGACAUGGAGACACUCCCUCUUGACCAUUAUGAGCCCAUGGCGGUUGAGAGCUUGCUCGCUUCCCGAUCCACGGUCGAGCUGCAUGGGAGGACAUACCGUCUUCCCCAACGGCCCACCGUUGUCGUCUGCGUCGACGGUUUCGACCCCGAGUACCUCGACCGGGGCAUUUCCGACGGCAUCAUCCCUCACCUCGCCUCCUUUGUUCAGUCUGGUUUCUCCAGGACGGCGAAAUGCACCAUGCCGUCGUUCACCAAUCCUAACAACGUUUCCAUCAUCACCGGAGCGCCUACCUCGAUGCACGGGAUUGCGGGGAAUUUCUUCCUUGACCGGUCGACCCGGCAGGAACACAUGAUUGUUGAUGACACGCUUCUUCGGGGUUCCACCAUCUUGGAACAGAUGGCCAGGCGCGGGGUUCGCGUUGCCGCCAUCACGGCAAAGGACAAAUUGCGCGCCAUCAUCAACCACGGCUUGGACUGCUCCCGAGGCGCCAUCUGCUUCUCGGCGCAGUUUGCGAACAAGUGUACCGAGACCGAGAAUGGCAUUUCCGAGGUCGAGAAAUGGCUCGGCCUUUCAACGCCCGACCAAUACUCUGGAGAUUUGUCUCUGUUCGUCCUCAAGGCCGGAGUGAAACUCCUCGAGGAGGAUCGAGCCGAUUUGUUCUAUUUGACGCUGUCUGACUACGUCCAGCACAAACACGCACCCGGGACGAAAGAGGCGAACGAGUUCAUGUCGGCCAUUGAUUCCUGCAUCGGCCAACUGGUGGACCUCGGUGCCACUGUUGCCGUCACCGGGGACCAUGGAAUGAACGACAAGUCAAAGGAUGACGGCACCCCCAAUGUUCUCUUUCUCGAGGAGGAACUCGACCGGAAGUUCGGACGGGGAUUUGCCCGAGUCAUUUGUCCAAUCACCGAUCCCUUUGUGCGGCAUCACGGUGCACUGGGGUCGUUUGUCCGGAUCCAUUUCAACCAGGACAGUGGCAACGUCGACGAGGUCGUCGAAUACUGUCGCAGUUUCCCUCAGGUGGAGCUGGCCGUUGAUGGCAAGACUGCCUCCGAGUUGUUCCAGAUGCCUCUGGAUCGUGAAGGUGACGUGGUGGUCGUCGCGCAGAAGAAUGCUGUGCUGGGAAGUCGGGAGGAAGAACAUGAUCUCACGAGCUUGGGAGACCAUCGACUCCGCUCUCAUGGAGGCCUCUCUGAGCAGGCCAUCCCACUCCUGCUGUCCGUACCGGUGAAAGAGCCCGUGGUUGAGCGAGAGUGGAGGAAUUUCGAUGCCUUCGACCUGGCUCUGAAUUGGUGA